UGCAAUUAGCAAAGGGGCAUUUUAGUCAUCGUGCAAAACGCUCACCCAUGGGCUAGGGUUUUGAGGGCCCUAUAAAUGGCGUUCUUCACUUCUUUCAUGCUCCUGCGUCAGCACUUAGAAGCCAGAGAUCACGGAAAAUCAUUCUCUUUCCAUCCGAUAAAAUGGCUUCUGUUCCUAGCGAUUUGAUUUGGGAGAUUGUCAAGAAAAACAACUCCUUUCUCGUGAAGGAAUUCGGGAACAGCACUGCGAUGGUGCAGUUCAGCAAAGAAAAGAACAACCUCUACAAUGUUAACUCCUUCAAGCAUUCAGGCUUAGCGAACAAGAAGACAGUGUCAAUUCAGCCGGGAGGAAAGGAUCUUUCUAUUGUGCUUGCUACUACAAAGACAAAGAAGCAAAACCAGCCUGCGAAUCUGUACCACAGGUCAAUCAUGAAGAAGGAAUUCAGUCGGAUGGCGAAGGCUGUUGUGAACCAGGUUGCAGACAACUACUACAGGCCAGAUCUGAAGAAUGUGGCGCUUGCUAGGCUGAGUGCCGUGCGCAGGAGUCUUCAGGUUGCUAAGUCUGGGGUUAAGAAGAGGAACAGGCAGGCAGCUAAAAUCCGUGGUAGGAAGUGAGUAUAGCUCGGUUUGCCCGCUUUUUUGAAUUUCUAGAAAAUCACUGCAGUAAGUGAAGGAUAUGGGACCUACCUUUUUAUUCUUCUGAAGUUGCCAGGUCUGUUAGUGUUAAUUUGGGUUUGAUAAACUAGCGUGUGUUACUUGUUUAAUGCAUCCCUUUUUGAGACUUGAGUAUUGGUUAGCAUUUCAGAGCCAAAGCACUGUCUGGGUGAGCCUAGGUAUUCUUUUGAGGGUUUAUAUGAUAUACUCUGGCAGAGUCUUGCAGCA